UCGCCGCCCAGAGGUAAACAAACAAAGCAGAAGCUUCGGAGGCUGAGCGGGCGUCCUCGUGUUUCCUUAGAUAAAAACUCCUUCGGUUUCGUCAUGCCAGUACAGACAGAUGGACCAGAGGAUUAUAAGGCCAAUUACAAGACACUGAAGAGGAAAUUGAAACUCCUGAUAUAUGAAAAUGAGUGUUUCCAAGAAGAACUUCGGAAAGCCCAGAGAGCUCUGUUGCGGGUGCGUCGAGACAAGUCCUUUCUCCUGGACCGUCUCUUGCAGUACCAUCGGGGUCCCGACUCAUCCUCGGACUCAGAGCAGACGGAAGAGUCGGACACGGAAAAUGAUGCGAAGUUGGACACAAAGAGUUGCAGGAAAAGAUUAAGUUUGGAGGGAUCUGGUGGUGGUUCAAACAGCUCCCAGGGACAGAAAGAAUUAAUUGAGAAGUUAGCAAAGUUAGACCUAGAAAUGUUGGAAGUCAAAAAUGAAAUUCAGAAUGUAAAAUUAGACGAAUCAAGGGUUGAGAGUAAGCAAGAUUAUACAAGAAGGUAUGUGGAGUACCAUUUGAAAACAUUGCCACACCAUAAGCAUAUUGUAUCUGAGAGUAAAGAUGAGGUACUGGUUAAUCAAACGGAUGAAAGUUCUUGUUCAGGGAGAACAGAAGAAAAGAAUGCUAUCCAACAAUUAGCUGAAAUUCUUUGUGCUAGGCAAAUUAGUGAUUCACUUCCUAGGCCUGAACCAGAAGUCUUCAAAGGUGAUAUACUUCAGUAUUCAAUGUGGGUUAAGUCAUUUGAUACUUUAAUUGAGUCAAAAACUAAAGUAGCAGCUGAAAGAAUGUAUUAUUUAAGCAAAUAUACAGAUGGAGAAGCAAAAGAAGUUAUAAGUGGACUUUUGUUAUUAGAUAGUACUGAAGCUUACAGUAAAGCUAGAAAGCUUUUAAAACAAAGAUUUGGUAAUGCCUUUGUAAUUGCUAAUGCAUAUAGAGAGAAAUUACAUGAGUGGCCAAGGAUUCCUCUGAAUGACGGACCAGCUUUGAUGAAAUUUUCUGAUUUCUUGGAGACAUGCAAGACAGCAAUGAGUAAUAUUCAGUAUUUGAAUAUAUUAAAUGAUCCCAAAGAGAAUCAGAGAAUGUUACAAAAAUUGCCACAUCCUAUAGUUGAAAGAUGGAAUACAAUUGUAGAUAGAGAGCUAUAUAAAGCCAGUGAACUUGAUGAUGAAAGUGAUGAUGGCUUAUUAUAUUCAGCAGAAUUUCCCUCUUUCACAAAAUUUUGUAUAUUUGUAAGAAAAGAAGCUUCAAAGGCAUGCAACCCAAUUACUUCAAUCACUGCAGUUCAAGAUAAAGGUGUUAGAGGUAAUAUAACAGUAAAUGCUCAAAAACAAAAGUCAAGGUUAGUGAAGAGCUUUGUCACAGAAACCAAUGAAGUCAAUGAUAAAAUAAGUAACAAUAGAUUUACUUGCCCAUUUUGCAGUCAGCUACAUAAUCUUAAUAAUUGUAAUAAGUUUUCAGAUUUGGAUUUGAAAAACAAAAGGAAUUUUGUUAAUAAAAACAAAUUAUGUAGAGGUUGUCUAAAAAGAGGACACAUAUUAAGAUUUUGUCGUCAAAGGAGUAAAUGUAAAACUUGUAAUAAAUUACAUCCUACUUCUCUCCAUGAUGAAGCACUAGUACAAAAGGACAGAUGGGAGUCUGAAAAUAAAGUUCAAGUUAAGGAACAAGACAAAGAGGCAAAUGUUUCUAAUACAAUUAAAGUUAACAAGUCUAUUGCUAUGGAUGUUAACUCAAUGAUAGUUCCUGUGUGGUUGCACCAUAAAAGUGACGAGCAGAAAAAAGUCUUGGUGUAUGCAUUACUUGAUGAUCAGUCUGAUGUAUGUUUUAUUAAAAACAGUGCUCUAGGUAAUUUAGGCAUUGGUGGAAUAAAGGUUCAUCUAAGAUUAGCUACUAUGAAUGGUGAACAAACUGUUACAUGCUCUAAAUCUUGUGGUUUAAUUGUAAAGGGUGUGUAUGAAAAUAGAGAUAUACCAUUGCCUCAUACUUAUUCUAGAGAAGUAAUUCCUUGCAGACGAGAUCAAAUACCAAGACCUGAAACUGCCAGAGAGUGGCCACAUUUGGAAAGAAUAGUAGAGAAACUGAUGCCUUACAGUGAUGAUGUAGAAGUAGGACUCCUGAUUGGUCUCAAUUGUAUUAAGGCAAUUAAGCCAAAGGAAAUCAUUACUGGCAAUGACAAUGAUCCCUAUGCAAAACGAACUGAUCUUGGUUGGGGCAUUGUAGGUAAAGUCAGAGGUGUUGAUUCAAAGGAAGUAGAUGUAGUCUCAGUGCACAGAACAAUGAUGCAAGAAGUAAUAAUUAAUCAUGAGAAGAAAUGUUGUCUUUUCACAGUUCCUACAAAGGUCAAAGAGAUUAUUAAUCCUGAGCAAGUAAAAAAGAUGUUUGAGCUUGAUUUUAAUGAUGUAAAUGAUGAUUGUCCUAUUUCUCAAGAUGAUAAAAUGUUUAUAAAAGGAAUGAGAGAAGGUAUUCAUCAGGUUGAAAGAGGUCAUUAUGAAAUGCCUCUGCCUUUAAAGAAUAUAGAUUUCAAGUUCCUAAAUAAUAGAGAUGUAAUUUUGCACAGGUUAAUGAACCUUAAAAGAAAGUUUAGGCAAAAGAAAGAUUACUAUGAAGAUUAUGUCAAAUUUAUGAAGGAUCUCAUAGAGAAAGGUUAUGCAGAACCAAUCCCAAAGGAAGAAUUAAGUAGGGAUGAUUGGUUAAUGUCAGUGUCAACAGUAGCUGAAGCUAUUGAUUUGAUUGAUAAAAGUAAAAAUUUAUGUAAAUUAGCAGGUUUCACAUUGCACAAAUUUUCCUCAAACAAAAAGGAAGUAAUAUCUGCUAUUAGUCCAGAAGUAAUGUCUGACAACAUUAAAAGUCUUGACUUGACAAAGGAUACACUACCAAUGGAAAGAACACUUGGAAUAGAAUGGUGCAUAGAAUCUGAUACUUUUCAAUUCAGAGUUAAUUUCAGUAGCAAGCCUUUAACUAGAAGGGGCAUUUUGUCAACGGUAAGCUCAAUAUUUGAUCCCUUGGGACUAGUAUCUCCAUUGAUUCUACUAGGAAAGAAAAUACUCCAGGAUUUAUGUAGGGGUAAAGUAGAAUGGGAUGAUCCUGUGCCUGAUCAUAUUAAACCCUUGUGGGAAAGAUGGAGAAAUGAAUUAUGUGAGUUGCAGAACCUUAAGUUGCCAAGAUGUUAUAAACCAGAAAGCUUUGGAGAAAUUAAAUCAGUAGAAUUACACCAUUUUUCAGAUGCAUGCCAAGAUGGCUAUGGACAGUGUUCAUAUAUUAGAUUUGUUAAUGUUAAUGAUGAAAUUCAUUGUUCUUUAGUUAUGUCCAAGUCUAGAGUUACUCCAUUGAGAGCUGUUACUAUUCCAAGAUUGGAACUGACAACAGCAGUAGUGUCAAGUAAAGUAAGUGUCAUGUUAAGAAAGGAGCUUGAUUAUCAAAAUAUCAAGGAAAUAUUUUGGACAGACAGUAAAGCAAUCUUAGGAUAUAUUUCAAAUGAUGCCAAAAGGUUUCAUGUUUUUGUUGCAAAUAGAGUUCAGUAUAUUAGAGAUAGGACUGAUCCUAUUCAAUGGAAUUAUGUACAAUCAGAGUCAAAUCCAGCAGAUUGUGCUGCACGUGGACUUUGUGUCAAAGAAUUAAUGGAUAAUUUGAUGUGGUGGAAUGGUCCAAAGUUUCUUUGGAAGAAACUUGAUUAUUGUGGAAGUUCCUGUGAACAAAGAUCCAUUUUUGAGGAUGAUCCAGAAGUCAAGAAAGUGUCAUUUGUAGUAACUUCAAAGAAAGAAGAAUCAUUUCUUGAUAGAUUAGACUAUUUCUCAGAUUGGUUUAGAGCUAAAAGAGCUACAGCAUUGUGUUUAAGUCUACAAAGUAAGUAUAAGAAAACCACAGAAACAUCUGAGGAGAAAAUUGAUAAGAGAAAUGUAACAUAUAGUCCUGUGACAGUUUCAGAGCUUGAAAAGGCAGAGAAAGUAAUAAUAAAGGAACUUCAGAGUAAAUACUAUGCAGACGAAAAAAGAGUUCUUCAAACAAAGAAAGUCCUAAAUAAGAGAAGCAGUUUGUACAAAUUAGAUCCAUUUAUGGAUAUUGAUGGAAUCAUGAAAGUACGAGGAAGACUUAGUCAAGCAAACUUGAAUGAAGCAAGUAGACAUCCUGUAAUUUUGCCAGGUAGAUGCCACUAUCACCAUCAAGGUCGUGGCAUAACAUGAAAUAAGAGCAGGUUACUGGGUGGUAAAAGGAGUAAAGAGUUUAAUUAUGUUAUUAGAAUAUAAGGAAUAGAAAUUUUAUUUGAGUUAACUCAAUGUACUUUAUAUCCAGGGAAGUCCCCGCCAAAGAGCUUUAUUUUAUUUGUGAUAAAAGAUAAAUGUUUUAUUUUUGUAUUUACUUUCAGAAAAGAAAGUUUUAUAAAGAUUAUAGUUUUAAGGUAGUAUAAUGUUGAUUGUAAAUUGUAAACAAUUUAGGGGAGCCAUGUAAGUGUAGCAGCCCAGUUAAGAAAGUAAAGAUGAAUAAAAAUGUUUUAAAAGACUAUGUGCCAAAGUCGCAUACAUAGACGGGUAUUGGAACUCGGUUGUUUACUUCAACGGCAGCUGUGGUCGCCUAAACAGCACCAGGCCCUAUUGUAGGGGUUUGGAGUUUUACGUAUGAUUACGGAUAUGGAAGAUGUAGAAACUGUAUUCAUCAGUUAUGGAGAAUAAAGGAAGCAACAACAA